AUGAGGUCAGCGGAGCAAGCGUGGAAUUUUGUCCCAGCUACGGAGAUUGGCCAUGCCCGACACUGGUGCAUCAUGAUCGCAAUCGUUGGUGCCAUCCCGCUUCAAGUGCUCAUCGUCAUGGUUUGGUUCUGUGUCGCUGCGUGUUGCCUGGCCAAAAAGGACGAAGGCGAGAGUCUCCAGAACGGGAAUGGCGCUGACGACUCGGGAGCUUUUCUUGAGAUUGGAGCUUCAGAAGAAGACAUUGCCAGAGUGUUUGAAGGUGGCUAUCCAUGGGGCCAGCUGGCAGUCUUCGCAUGGCGAGUAGUGCGUUCGUCAGUCAAUUUGUUUUACAUGAUCUACAUGUGCGUGUCCACAGCACCCCUCUCUUUCAUGAUGGCAGAGCUCAAAGAUGCAGAGCAUCAUGCUUCGCAGAGUUCAUCAGAGUUAUGGUGCUUCGAGAGGCAUGCAGUGGUUCUUCUCGAAGGUGUCUUCGCCUUCCUCAUCAUGAUUCGCCUUGUCGUAACACUGCUGCAAAGCGUAUGUUCGCGUUUAGCACAUCGACAGUUCAAGAGUACCCUUGAAAGGGCAUGCAGCUUCUCCGCCUUCAAUCUGUUGCCAAUGGCAAAUCCCGCACAAGCGAUCGAGCGCACGAAGAGAGUAGCACAACAAGUUCAACAACAGAUGAACCAGCGCCGUCCAGGUAGACACGUCAAUGUAGUGUGCGGACUGAUCAUUGUGCUUGCGAUGGUGAACAUGCUUUUGGUGUUCAUCCCUUUGGCUGUUAUGUCGGUCAUGGUCAAGGUAUCGAAGCUUGGUUUCAUGUCAAGCGGACAGGCCUGGACAUGGCGCGAAGCCCUGGCAUUUGUCAUGUUCAUCAACGCUCUUGCAGGGCUUCGGGCAGGCAUUGAGAAGGAAAGGGAAAGAACCAUCUUCGAAACGGUUGGCAAGGGCACCUAUCAUGUGGAAACCCAUAAUGGUUUUAUGGGCAGUGUUUUCUAUCAUCUACAGCAACGAUACGGUAUUUACGCAGGGCUGGCCAUCUACGCCACGCUGUCUCCGACACAGGUCUGUAAACUCCUGAAUGGAGCUUGA